CUCAUAGUGUGUUUCAAUAUUUCCCAGCUUCCCUUUUCUCAUUCACUUUUAACACCUUCUUUAGCAAAACAACUCGAAAAACACUAACGACCGAUGAAGAAGCUUUUCUUUUCGACGCUCUUGCUUUGCUUCCUGCUCUUCACUUCUUCCUUCAUAAACAUUGUCAUCGCCAAGUCUGUGUUUUGUGACAAACAGUGCAAGAAGAGAUGCUCAAAAGCAGGAGUGAUGGACAGAUGCAUAAAGUAUUGUGGAAUUUGCUGUGGCUAUUGCAAGUGUGUUCCUUCUGGGACUUAUGGGAACAAGCAUGAGUGCCCUUGCUAUAGGGACAUGAGGAGUUCUAAGGGUAAGCCCAAGUGCCCUUGAGAUGAAGAUGCUUCUUAAAGCUAUGUCUUCAACUAAAGGAAAAUGCAUACAUUUGAUCCCAUUUGGAUUCUUAGAUUUCUCGUGUUUGAUAAGGAAGGAUGGCUGGUACGAGCUAAGUUUAUAAGUUUGUCUGGGUUGAUUUAGGAUUAUUUAACUUAUCUUCUGGUGAGAGUUGAGUU